AUGCUCGGCGCGUCGAGCAGCGAGGAGGAUGACGAUGAGUUUAUCGAGCAACAUGAUCGCGACAACUCCCAAGGCCCCAAACGGAAUGAUUCGAUCGGGGCCCAGACACCGCAACGACAGACGCGAACAAUAUCAACAGCCUCUCGACCUGUCAUGCAAUCCUCUCAAGAAAUAUCCGAUGAAGAUGGGAAUGCGGAAGAAAUCCCCGUCAAUCCAGGAGAAGAACAUCUGUCGAGAGAAGAGCAGGAGCGGAUACGGGCUGAAAACGAGGAAGAGGAGCGAAAGCGGAAGCUUCAGCUCUACGUCCUGGUCUCCCGAUGUGUCGCAUACCACUUCAACGCCAAGCAGCCAACGGAUAUGGCGAGACGGCAGAUGAAAGUUAAUAAGCAGGAGCUGGCGCGCAUUAAGGAGAGGUUCAACCAAUUCCUGAAAGGCGAGACGCAAAUCGUCGCUGAUGAAGCCUUUACUAAAGCGAUACAAUCCUAUUUUGAGGUCUUUCUGAAAUCCGAACGGGUCAGCAAGGUCGUCAUGGCGGGCGGAUUCUCGCAGCACGACUUUCGGGAGGUCUUCCGAUGCAACGUCGAAAAGCGUAUCCGGAGCCUGCCGGAUAUAGACGGUCUCAGCAAGGAUACCGUGCUCAACUCGUGGAUGGCCAAAUUUGACACGAUCAUCCGAGGAGACGAAGACGCGGCCAACCGACCGGCUAGGGGCCGAUUGCGAGGCGCCAACCAGGCAAAUGCGGAUAUGAUCCAGGGCAAGGAGCAACUGUUCGACAUGUUCCAACAAGUGCUUACCGUCAAGAAGUUUGAGCACCAGAUCAUCUUCAACGCGCUGCAGCUCGACAAUCUCGAUGAACAAGCGGCAGCUAUCCGAAGAGAAGUCACCACCCGGGAAGAGGCGCUGAAGGAUUUGCAUAAGAUGCGAAAAAUGAUGCCAAAAUUCGUCGUCAAGGACAUGGAGACGCUAUACAUUGAUGAAGUCCGUCAAUCGAUCAAUCUCCUCAUCGCCAACCUUGAAUCCGUCCCCGUCGCUCCGCGCGGCCAAAACGCCGGCAACAAGAAGCAGAACCGCUCCCGGUCGCGCUCCAUUGAGGAUCUGUCGCUGUUUAACAGCUUGAAACGGAGGACCAGCUCAAAUUCACUCGGGAAAACCGAUAGUGAUGACGGGGAGGUGCAGCUGACGAAGAGUGAUGUCGUACUCACCUUUAAUAUGGAGGUCGUCGUCAUGGAAGUCCAAAACCUGAAAUCCGUCGCUUCAAAUCGUAUCGUCUACUGCACGAUGGAAGUCGACGGAUCGAAGCUCCAGACCGACCAUGCAGAAGCCUCAAAACCUUCCUGGGACACCCAGGGUGACUUCUCCACCAAAAAUCCCCUCCCGACCGUCAAGGUGAAGCUGUACACCGAGGUGAAGAGCAUCGUCUCCUUUGAGGACAAGGAGUUGGGCAAGGUCAUCAUCCAGCCCACGCCGAACUGCUUGCGCAGCCCGGAGUGGUACAAGAUGACCGUGCCGAAGAGCAGCCAAGAUCAAGCCUUAAAGAUUCGAAUCGCAAUCCGGGUGGAGAAGCCUCCAAAUUUGAAGUACUGCGGAUACUGCUACGGUGUCGGGAGGGCCGUUUGGAAGAAGUGGAAGCGGAGAUUUUUCUGUUUAGUCCAGGUCUCCCAAUACGCCUUCGCGAUGUGCAGCUACCGGGAAAAGCGCUCAGAUCCGACCGAGCUGAUGCAACUCGAUGGUUUUACUAUCGACUACAUGCCUGAACCGGAUUCCGAAUUGGCCUCCCUGGGUGGCAAAUACUUUUUCACUGCCAUCAAAGAGGGAGAUGAGCUCAAGUUUGCUACUGACGAUGAGAACGAGCGACAUCUUUGGGUUCAGGCAAUGUACCGAGCCACCGGCCAAGCCUACAAGCCCGUACCCCCAAAACAGAGCACAGUGGUCCCGACAAAAGCGCAAGGGUUCGCGGAUAAGGCCAGCAAGCAUGGGAUGGAUGAGAUUAUACAAUCGGACCCGAUCUCCUUCAACCAUGACCACCUGUUCGCCGAGUUGCAGCGGUUAACGCUGAACUUCCGGCUGAACGAGCCGAUUUGCUCGCUGGGCUGGUUCUCGCCCGGUCAGGUGUUUGUGCUGGACGAGUAUUGUGCUCGGUAUAUGGUCCGAGGCUGUCAUCGCCACGUCUCCCUGCUAUCAAACUUGUUGGACAAGGCCGACCAGGGCCACCUCGUCGAUCCCACCCUCAUCCACUACUCGUUCGCCUUCUGCGCCAGCCACGUCCAUGGCAACAGACCCGAUGGUGUGGGUACGGUAACGCAGGAGGAGAAGGAACGCUUUCAAGAAAUCAAGGAGAGGCUGAGAAUACUGUUAGAAAAGCAGAUCACGAACUUUCGCUACUGCUUCCCGUUCGGACGACCGGAAGGCGCGCUCAAGGGGACGUUAAGUCUUCUCGAGAGGGUGCUGAUGAAGGACGUUGUCUCCCCUGUACCUCCUGAAGAGGUCCGGGCUGUCAUCCGACAGUGCUUGGAGAAUGCGGCGCUCGUGAAUUACACCAGGAUAUGCAAUGAGGCCAAGAUUGAGCAAAGAAUGAACCAAGAAGUUUCCCCAGCCCAACGAAUUGAAGACAUGGUGAGGAUCACCGAGUACUGCAUCGACCUGCUGAAGGAAAACGAGGAGCACCACGGCGAGGCGUUCGCUUGGUUCUCGGAUUUGCUGACGGAUCACUCGGAGAUCUUCUGGAGUCUGUAUUCGGUGGAUUUGGACGCAGCUCUACAGAUGCAGCCAGCCGACUCCUGGGACUCGUUCCCGCUUUUCCAGAUGCUCAACGACUUCCUGAUGAGCGAGAACUCGCUGAAAAACGGCAUCUUCCACACAAAAAUCACCCAGCAGUUCCAACCUCUGGUCACGCGAUACGUCGAUCUGAUGGAACACUCCAUCAGCCAGUCCAUCGAGAAGGGUUUCACCAAGGAGAAAUGGGAACCCAGAAAAGAUGGCUGCGCCACCUCGGAAGAUAUUUAUUGGAAGCUGGAUGCGCUGCAAGGCUUUGUGCACGACCUGAACUGGCCCGAGGAAGAAUUUCGCAAGUAUCUGACGAUCCGUAUGAAGAGCCUAACUUCGGACAUGGUGGCCAAGGUCGCAAACAGCACGUUCCAAUGCUUCGACGGCUGGAUGCAGAGGUACAAGAAGUCUACCGACUACAUCUUGCCCACUGAGGUGUGCGUGAUGAUCAACGUCAUCUUCUCCAGCAAGACCAGGGCGUUGAGGCUGAAGAUGGAUACUGAGUACAAAGGCUACCAAUCCAAACUCGACGAGACCCUGGACACGAUGCUUCACGACAUGGAACACAGCCUCCAGGAUAAGCUCAUCGGCGUGUUGGAGUUCGUGCUCGGGAAGUUGGCCCGAUACGAUGAGGGAAACCCAAUUGGGGCCUUCCUUUCCAUUGCGCCCAAGCCGACCUCGAUCUUCAACAAAAUGAAGGGAAUGGUCGAUCAGGCACAGUCACCGCAUCAGGCUGUGAAACAACCCGUCGGCGCGACCCCAUCCCAACAAUCCGGCCACAUCGGCAACAACUACGUGACGUUCAUGCGCGGCUGCACUGAGCAGCUACGUCAGAUUGUCGUUGAUGAAGUUUGGGUCAACCGGGUCUUUGAGCACUGGUACGACAACCAGAUGAAGCUGAUCAACGAGUGGCUGACGGAGAGACUCCAGCAGAACCUGUCGCCCUACCAGUUCACCUGCUUGUCGUUCAUCGUCAAGAAAGUCUACUCGGACUUCGAACUCCAGGGUAUCGAAGAGGAGCGUCUCAACAACAAGUCCCACCAAUCCAUCGCGCGUCGCAUGCAAGUCGAGGAGACGAACUGCGCCCUACACGACGCCUCGGCGGCCACGCAUUCCGCUUCCGGUCUGUCGUUGGGCGGUGCCACCGCUGCCGUGUCGAACAUGUCGAACUUGGUGGAGGGAUCGGCCGCCCGCGUCUUUUCCCUAUUUAAA